AUGGGUUCGCCGCUGUCUGGUUUCAUUGCUGAGGCGAUCCUUCGAAAGUUGGAGACGCUGGUGUUCGCAACCCACAGACCAAUAUUUCGGGCACGGUAUGCGGACGACGCCUUCGUCUUCCACAAGCGAGAGAUGGUCUCCGAAUUUCACACGAUCCUGAACUCUGUUUUUCCGGACAUCCAGUUCACAAGGCAGACAGACGUCAACACCCAGCUAGCGUUCCUAUACGUCCUGGUCUACCGCAAAACCAACGGGAGCCUAAGAACGACGGUAUACCGAAAGGCCACCAACACAUGUCAGGACCUCAGUUACUACAGUAACCGCCCGUUGUGCCACAAACGUAGCUGUGUCCGGACUAUUUACAAGAGGGCGGAAACUCAUUGCAGCGAGGCAGCCGACAAAGUAGCCGAACUCCAUUAUCUUCGGCGGAUGUUCAUCUCCAACGGUUAGCCUCACAGAUUCAUCGAACGCAGCAGGCAACCAAAGAAGGCUGUAAGGCCAACGAGAAACCAACCAAAAGUUUGGCGGGCGCUACCGUAUAUCGAGAAUUUAUCCGAAGCAGUCGUUCGUUUCUUACAACCAAUGAGGAUUGGCGUCGCCCACAGACCUGAAGCGACAAUAAGACGUCUUCUUAUGAGAUCCAAGGCCCCUCUGUCACGAGGCGAAACGGCAGAUGUCGUCUACCGUGUCCAGUGCAGUUCCUGCGAGGUGAACUACGUUGGAGAGACCGGAAAACGUCUAAAAACCGCAUGAGUGAGCACGCAAGGGCAGUGAAAAGGAUGGACCAACUUUCAUUGGUGGCGGAACGUUGUGCUGCCUCUGGACACACUUUCACCUUCCAGAACACCGAAAUCCUAGGCCGAGGUACCGACCAGGUGCCAGGGAAACGCUCGAAGCCUGGCACAUCGUACCAAAUUCCAUCAACCGCUGCACGAUUCUCCCAGCGGCUUACCAGGCCCUACAAGUGUGGUUUAAUCAACGGAAUCAAAGGCAAGAAGUCAGGACCACAAGCCCGAGUGAACACAGUUUGCGCCCAAACACCGAUGACGGGGAUCAGCAGGCCGAUAAGGGACACACAAGCAACCGGCCAGCAACCACCGAGGUGCACACGGGCAGAUGCAAACGGGCGACAAUUACGAGAAACGCAGGUCAGACACAACAAAUGGGGGCAAUACAGACGAGUUCAAUGACCGUUGCCAUCCCGACAAAGCCCCCCCCCGACGAGGAGACGGAGGAAGGGACCGACCAGAACGACAGCAAUUAACUUCUCCCCCUGUAGCAGAUCGUGCACGAAUAGCAGUAGGAACGACGACACUGCCGCAUGCUCAGCACCCAUAAAUACUUUGAGGCGCCGUACAGAACCCACAUCCGACGGUGGAAGCUUGUUUGCCUUUGAAACAUCAGGCUAUUAAACCUAUGGUUCCCGAGAUCGUUUCUUCUUCUCAUAUAACGACGUAAACAGGCAAGGCCUUCCAUGUUUCAGCCAUUUCAUGUACUAAAAGAACCUACAAUAGUCUGUCACAUGUGGUUUACGAGCAUGACAUCGCAAGUUAGUUUUCGUUGCCGACUGGAAGAAGUCGCCGAAUACAAGGCGGUGGUCCUAAACCCAGAUGAUGUCAAAUCCCUGAAUAAAGCAUUAACUCUCUAUAGCCCCCCCAUUUUUCAUAUCCCGCCUGGGAUUGAGGACGAAAUCUAAUCGAUUUCCUCGGCAUUUAUACUGGCAUGUUUUACUUGAUCCCGUUCCCACUUUAAUGUAUUGGCGUGACGUGAAUUUAUCAGGAAUAAGCGUGCGCGUGCCAACUUGGUUGCCAAAUGUAGAGAUCAGACAAAUGUGUUGUUUAACUUGUUUAGUUGCAUGUAUUUGAACGUGUUUGAGGUUUUGUGGUUUUUAUCGGUCCAGGGUCUCCAGGCUUGUAUGGCGAGGGCCAUUUGGAGCCUCGCAAAGGUUCAAAGCCUUGAUCCAAUCAGUUUUUAGCAGGAGUUGCGAAAGCUCGCUUUGUACGGCUACAGCUUGAUAUUGCGAAUUUGUUUACCCUUGAGUAGUGGAGUGGUGGUUUAAGCGAACUCAUUAUCCGCACGCUCAAGUAUUUGCCGAGCGUUCACCACUUGUAACUUUAUGCCAUUAAAAUGGCCGAUACUAUGCUUUAAAGCUCUACCUCCACUGACUUUCGAAAUGCUAAGAGCCAGUGCUUCGAACACUGCUCUGGUUGGUUUAGAUCUACACGCAUAUUCUCCUCGUCGGCCUUAUUAUGGUUGACGCUCCAAAGUCUGAUAUAUGCUAAAAAUGUUACGCUAUCGAAAUCCAGCUCUUUGACGCAAUCAUCGAUGCCUGUACAGUAAUACAAGCCACUGUAGAAGAACGUUUAUGGGCGGGCGACAUGUCAGAAAUCAGAAGUAUUUAUUAUCUGGUUCCGUCAGAAUCAUAGGCAGUGGGAAAGGAGGUGAAUCUUCCAUUUUCGCCACUGUAACGUAUCGUGGCAGGAUGCCCGCACGAAAACGUGGGAGUCAUCUUGGCCGUGUACAUUUUGAGGGCUUGGACGAACGUCUUUUGCGAACAAAAAGCUAGGUUUGCUAGCUGUAUGAGCACUGGCUCCGCAGUCGCAAGUAAUCUUUGACGCAGGACCUCGGAAGACCUCGCCGGCGUUUUAAAAAUGACUCAAACUACUUGGUUGGUGCAUACAGAUGAACGUUAUUAAUGUAGUGCAGUUUGGCAUUUGGGACUGGGAGUUCCAAAUCCACACCCAUCCACAAACAACGGCCGUAGGUAAAAGGGCGAGAUGGUCUGUCUUAAGUUGUCUCGUGCCUCCUUAGAACAGGAAAAGUAAAUGUACGGAAAAAAAUUUGCAAUUUCGUCAGCUCGGACGACUUAUCCACUGAUGGGUACAACAACCAGCACCCUGCCUAACGAUUAUUCGAGGGCGGAUGAAGAGGACAUAGCGAAUCAUGCUAUAAAAAUUGACUAAAUGCAUGAGCAUAGAUUCACGCAUAAGGGAACUAGACGAAGUUUCUUCAACUACACUCCGUUAAACGGUAAAUGUUUUUGGACCUCAAAUAAAUACCAGAUCAGCAACAUGAAAUGUAACCCAAGAAGAAGUAAUGGCAAAUUUUACUCUUCCAAAAUAGAUACAAAAUUCACGUUGUUUAAAUAGUGGUUUUUGUCAGAUGCGGUUUUUGCAGGCGGCUGGGGAAAAGCUUAUUCAAAAGCCGGCAUCCUGGUAUUAAUGAAGUAUACUGAACAGUAACCAAUUUUACAAAUUCACUUGAGUAAUCUUUUUAAUCAAAAACAUAUUUCAGACUUCCGGUGAAAAUUUCAUGAGACACGCCUGGAAAUAGUGAAUGCAGGUUUUAAUCUUCUUUCUGAACAUCCGACCUUGUAAAGUAUUGUCCACAUGACACGUGUACACAUUUACAGAGUUGUUUAUGAUUAAGGUGAACCUUUUAGUAUACGGAACAUAAUCGACGAUAAAUUCUUCUAUGAUGGUUUCGCAGCCAAACGUAAUGUCUUAGGAAACAGAAUCUGGAGUCUCCUCUUACGACCGAAUGAAGCGUUUACUAUCACUUGCCUCUCAGCCAACUCCAUACUUUUGACUCGGUAGAGUCUGGGAGUUGGAUCCGCUUUCUGAUAUCAGCAAGCAACACCGAACCGGUAAUUAUGACUCGACUAAGGCUCAAUUUCAGGUAGUUGAUUCGGUUGAGAAGGAGAAUUUCAGAAUAAGGCAGUUCUCUCACGGUCAGCAAACUGCAAGGCUUGUUUGGAUAGGAAGUUGCAGAAAGCGUUCAUGACAGCCCAAAAAGAGGGAGUAGCUAGCUUCAUUGAUUAUGGAUAAUUUGUGACUCUGAAGCAUUGUUCUUACCGAAGCAUGUUCGUUCUCUGAGCAAAAACUUUCUACUGAUGCUGUGCCAGUAAGGCCGCCUGUUUGUCACAAUUAGUGGUUACGUUUAACUUUUAGAUUAUAUUCUACAUGAGAAUUGACAUAAGGCGGCAGAGUAUGAGGCCGAAAGACCCACUAUCACUGGAGAAAACAUCUGGAGUCGUUAGCCGGGUCUGGUGCAGCUGUGGGCAAAUAAACUAUGACGGAGAAACCGGAAGACUACUGCAGACGCGGGUGGCCGAGCACGCAACAGCGGUGAGGGCAAAAGACGCUUUCUUCCAAGUUGCGGCUCACCCGACGGGGCACAACCACGCAUUCAAGUUUGACAAAGCAGAAAUUCUUGGUAGAGUCGACAACUGCGUGAGCCGUGAACUGCUUGAGUCAUGGUUUUCCGGUUCUCACUAAAUCAAAAGCGCAACGACCUGCCCACCCCAUAUUUGGCGUUGAGACUUAGUCUAGGCAAAGUAGUUAAUCACCAGGAGAACAUGCUAAUAACCAUUGUCCCCGAUAUCAAUGUCGGCGAGCCAAAUCACCCAAGGGUCCAAACGGAUUACGAAAUCCGGUAGUCAGCCCCUCGGCUGCUUGCGAUGAGCGUGGGAAUCGAUAAUCUUGAUCAGCAAACAGGCGAAUAGCAACGGCAUGGCAACGGCAUGUUUCAAAACCUGGCCAGUCGAGCUGUGAUGCAAUCGGGAGCUGCCAACUGUGAUAGGCACGUAGCGGCCUAACAAGUACAUCCUAUAAAUAUUGCAACACCUGGGAAAUCCAUUAUCCUUAUCUGAUUCUGUCUCUGAUCAUGGGUUCGGGUGAGAAUCCGAAACGUCAGGCUUAUAAAACACUUGUUUCAGCGAUCGUGUCUCCUUCGUCGAGACUAAUUCCUGGAACUCGCCUCUUUGCCUCUAUUUACAACUAAGUUUCACUAACCAUUCUGGAGAGAAAAAGAAGGCGAAAAAGGAGCAGAAAAAGGAAAAGGAGGAGGAGGAGAAGGGGGAGGAGGAGGAGGAGGGGGGGAAGAAAAAUAGGGCUGAACCAAUUUGCAAGUCCGUUAUUUGAUAUCACAAAUAGGCUGCUCUGAAGUCCUGUAUAUCUCUUAUUUGAAUCUCCUAUUCUUUAAUGUUGACGGGAUUUCGAUGCUAGGGGUUUUAACAUAUCUGUUUUAGGAAUUCCUCAGUUUUACUUCCCGAUGAAUGUCUAGGUGGGCAUGUUGCAGACUUGUCUUGCAUGUAUUUUUGAACAAUACUUUUCCAUCCAUCCUCCUUCGGUCCUUGAGACUAGACAUGAAUAAGAUUAACUGAGAACAGUUAUGAAAACGGAAAAAUAGUGAAAAUGUUCGGGACGAUUAUACCUGUGAGUUGGAGACCCAACAGAAACCAAAAGCUUGGAAACAUCAAGGUGUGUGAGAAAUGCAUUUGUCGUUCGCUCUUCGGAACACCGGAAAUAACAUCAGCCUAAGGGCUGACGCCGGUAUGACAGGUGAUCGAUUGGACCCACACAAAACCCCUCACCAGCGCGUACACAGUUUAUUUCAUGCGAUGAAAAUCAGCUCCCGAACGAGUCUUGUCGUUGAAUAAACAAACGCAUUGUUAAUGUCCGCAACGGGUGGAGAGCGUACCAGCCGAACGCAAGUUCGACAAGGAGGUCGACAUUUUAUGACUACUGGAAGUGUGUCAGUUGACGUGCAAAAGCCGGCACAAUGUCAGCAAUUCGCAUAGUUCACUUAAAUGAUAAAGAAUGGAAAGUCAUAAGUCAUGCAUAUUCAAUAGGCAUAGACUCAAUUCUGGAUCCUUUCCUGUUCUAUUUGUGUAUGGCGGAACUAGAGGAAAUUGGGGCGAUUGUUAACUCUGAUCCACUCAGGUCUUUUUGCCUCUCGUACAGAAUAUUUUUCGAUCGUUAUCCAAACAAACUUAACUAGACACACAUGUAAACGAACACCACGGAAAUCCAUGGAAAUUUUGGAAAAAAUAACAUAAUCAGCACAAAUUCAUGAAGUCAAUAAUAAUGUGAUAAUAUAUUUUUGUAAAAACGACCAGACCAUGAAGGUGCAUCUACUUGUAUGGCUUUGAUCGGUACACCGAUCUUUUGAGAAUAAAAAUGUCUUUUGUUGAUUUUGUACAUUUUCUUUCGUUCAUGUAACUGUAUUGGUCUGAGGAAGAAUUACCGAAAACGUGCGUUCACCAACUUGACUUUUCAAUUUUAACAUGGGAAUAUUUGCGGAACUUAGUAAUCUAGUUUUUGUUUGUCAAGCAGCAGUUCAAAUUACGAGGUACACCGAAACUUAUCAAACAUUUACUGAGAUAAUUAACUUCAGGCGAUGGAAAAUUACGGACAAAGACAAAGGAGGCUGGGAUGGCCAAUUCGGGAUCACUGCUCAUCGAACCUCAGGUGCCCACAAACCUGAGGUUGGACAAGGUUGACUAAUAAUGGCUGAAAUGGCCAUCCCUUUCUCCCUUGUCUUUGCCAUUAGGUUUCUCCUGCUUAUAUUGCUCCCCGCUGCGCCCCCGCUAGUGCGGCUCGUGAGAGAGAGAGCUUCAAGGCACAACGGUACGGGGAAGUUCCGUAAAGCGGUCGGUGGGCAUCCCUUUACCACUUGUAUACUUUCGACCACAUAAAUGGGAGUGUAAAAGUAAUGAGCAGGUAAACUCGUGUAUUUUUUGGAAAGAUUGUCAUAAUAGCAAAUUCGUGGAAAUCAACAAACGACAGUUCGACCAUCGUUACUCAUGAUGUCCACAGUGUGCUCCACAGCCGUGUGGGAGCCGAGACAGUGACUUGCGCAUGAAUUUGUUCAUAGUGAUAGUAGACUUGGACAGCUUCUACUACACGCUCCCCUCCUACCUAACCUGGACUCCGUGUCAAGGGAGAGAGUCAAGAAGACCGGAGGCGAGAGAGGACGCAGGUGGCUGGCACGGCGAAAACCUGCUCCUUGGCAUCCCUCUGGUCAGCAACGUUCAUUUACCAGGAUUUUAUGCGACAGUAAUAAUAGGUCACGGUCCGGAUUCCAAUUGGCGCGUCGUGGGCCCGCAUCUGGGCGUGCAACCACACCACAAUGUUGACAUUUACUAUGGGUACGAAUCUUCGAUAACGCCUGCUGGGGUCCGACCUAGCCCCUUUGUUGGCCCGACGCAUCUACUGCGUGAUCCGUUUUGGAGUAAAAAACCAGCAAAUACCACCCCUCGGAAUACUCAACAGAAACUUUAAUAAAAUAGAAUAAAAUAAAAUAAUACAUCCGACGACAUAUAAAUCUCUGUCCUCAUUUGAGCGACAACUUUAAAUUUGGAGUUUCAAUUUUUUGCGCGUUUGAUUAAUCCUCUGAGGGCGUUGUGACAUAGCCAGAGAAAAUUGGAAUGCAUUUCGGAAAAACGAUUGACCAGCGAUUUCGUAGCGAAGUAUGCCGCUGGACAGCCAAACUAUUCCUCAGAAGCUGCUGUACGAAAUACCAAUCUCAAUAAGCCGUUUGCUUAGGACGAGAAACUGAGCAAGUAAAGAAAGCGUAUUUUGAUAUCAGGAAUUUUGCAAAACUUUCUGGAUACUGAAGUCUAAAUGCCCUCCCAGCGGAACUAGCUUUCUGUGUGACACACCAAAAUAAACAAACAUGUCAGAGAGCCGUCCUCGAUCGCAUUACGAUCGUCCCAUUAUGCCUUGGGGUUCUCUCUCUCUUGCUCCAAGAGCGGCCGCACAACGGUGCGUAAUAUGGGUUCAUUGUCAUUGCCGACAAAGACUGGAGACUGGAAGAACCAUUUGUGGCUUAUCAGCCGCCCUCAGCCGGCCAUAACUCACGGAUUGAGGGAUCAAACCCCAGGUGGUGCACAUCUUGUGUUUGGAUGUGGCCGGCUGAUGGCGGUUAAUAAGUAAGAAAUGGCUACUCCAGUCUCCCAUGUCUUUGUCAGUAAUGCUAUUCUGACAAACAACCAUCUUGAAAACUCCUUCUGUGCUCCUGCUCCUGCGCGACCAAUCUCGCUCUCUCUAUUGAGGUAUUUCGAAUGAUUUUUCGGUGAAUCAGAUGUCAACGUUCGACCAAAACUACUGCGAAGACGAAUCAUACCGUGCAGGAUGCAGUGACUGUCUACGCAAAACAGCCUUUAGGAAGAGUUUUCUUGUGUAAAUAAAAAUUGUUAAAACCCUGUCGACACUAUGAUAAGGGAAAAUUUAGUAUUCACCUCAGUUCAGCUCCCGGACACCAACAGCUCUCCACUCCAUUUAAAAACUGGGCAUAAAUGCUGUUUGAGAGAAGUUAUGAACAAAAAACAAGUACGUCCUUGUUAAUAACUAAGUUCUCACUGUCUUUAGUCUUUGGCUUAGCUCCGCCAACAGCGAUUGAGGUGACCGUCAACAAUGGUUGUACGGGUCAUCGACAGCAGUUCAGUCAUAGUUUCCUAUGACGUCCACGGUUUGUCCCACAGUAAGGUGCGCCCAGGAACGGGAACUUGCACGUAAGUUAGUAUGUGGUGAUAGUAGACUUGCGCUGAUGGAUUCGAGAAGGAAUCCGAAACGGUAGGCUAAUGAUCUCUUGUCCCAUUGGUCUUGUCUUCUUCUACAAGACUUUCGUUGUGUCUACCGGACUUUCUCCUUCCUCACCAAAAGGAUCCGGUGUCGAGACGCAGUCAAGAAUAACAAAGGUAGGAUCGUUCGCAGGUUACUGGCGUGGGCUGAGCCUGCGCCGAUGCGCGUCACCACACCCUCCAUGUUUUCCACUUGUUAUGUAUCCACAGUUCAGUAGCACGUGCCGGACCCUAAUGCACCCCCACAUCGGUCCAUCGAAACUCCCGCGUGGCUUGUUGUAAGUGGCACAAUCAACAAUGAAUAAUAUAUUGACGCUCAGGGCAUGGAUAUCGGCCUUUCCCACAGCGGAUAAUUAGCAGCGUUAAGAUGUCCCAAAAAGCAGAUCCUUGUUCAUCCGUCCAUCUGCAAAUGCCACCGUCACUAAAAAAUUAGAGCGUAUGAUUUUUUCAUACCGAGUUUUGAUGUCUUUACAAAUUCAGCCCCGUGCCCCGAUGGUCAUAACAAGCCGGCCUUGUCAUGCGGGUUGUAUGGGGAAGAUGAUUGUCAAUAGCUCUUGACCUUUUGGCAGAUUUUGAAUAAUUCAUAUUGACUCAACUGUGAAAAGUUCGGCGUCUUGGUGGGAUUCGAACCCACGCAGUAAGGGGAAGGCUUUAGUACAGCCAACAUUCUAACCACUUGAUCUACUAGGCCCCGUCGGACGACGCGAGUUUAAGCACAUUUGGGUCAAGUUGCACGCCCAACCUACAGCAACGCCUGGAAUCCACAAAAUCUGAUACAGUAAGUUGACUGUCCAAGCAGGAUUUCCCAAGUAAUUCACCUAGAAUCCACCAGAUGACUACUAGGCUUAAGUAAUUCACAGAUGUUUUGACAGAUGUUUAAUAAUUUUUAUUGACCCAACUGUGAAAAAUUCGGCGCCUCGGCGGAAUUCGAACCCUAGCAGUAAGGGGAAGAUUUUAUUACAGCCAACGCUCUAACCACUUGAGCUACGAGGCCUCGUCGGUCGACGCGAGCUUAAUCACAUCUAUGAAUUACGUAAGGCUGGUAGUCAUCUGGUGGAUUCUAGGUGAAUUACUUGGGUAUUCCUACUUGGACAGUCAACUUACUGUAUCGGAUUUGGUGGAUUCCAGACGUUGCAGUAGGUUGGGCGGGUAACUUGACCCAAAUGUGAUUAAACUCGUGUCGUCCGACGAGGCCUCGUAGCUCAAGUGGUUAGUGUUUACUGUACUAUAGCCUUGCCCUUACUGCGUGGGUUCGAAUCCUACCGAGACGCCGAGUUUUUCACAGUUGGGUCACUAUGAAUAACUCUUGAGUCACUUAUAAGCACUAUGGACUUAUAUUUUCGAUUUCAAAGUAACUGUAUUCGUCUGAUUAGUUUCUGAAAACAUGGUUUUCUGAACCUGACCUGCAGUUGCAUUUGCGUUUAGCGUUUCCAAAACAGCUGCUUUGCAAUUUUCGUGUAAGGAAAAUAACGUUUUUUCCUACCCAAAUAAGAUAUCACAAAGCAUCCAUAACGUAUCUCAUAGGGUGUGUAUCGUGUUUUAUGCAUAAGAAACAGCAUUAGUAAACAGAAAUAUACAACGUUACAUGGAUGAACAAUUCACGGUCUUAAAAAAUCCCAUAACUGUGAACAUUAUGGUCCGAAGGAUGCCCUUUCUUCAGGUGCAAAAUUAAAAUAACCCAAAGAAUUCUUCUUACCUUUCUUUUUCUUUUAGUUUUAUUUCUUCCCAUUAUUUUUCUUCCUCUUCACCACCGUCUUCAUCUUUCCUCUUCCGAAAGACGUUGAAUAUGGUAAGAUGCCUGGAACGCAAUCUCAUGCAUACACACAUAUGUAUGAUAUGCCUGGCUGAUGCCGACUAAUAAGCCAGAAAUGGCUACUUCAAUCCUCACGGUCUCUGUCGUAAUAUAAUUCUGCCCAAAGAUGUAUCGAGGCGGUCGUCACUAAGGUUAUGGGACAUGCUCACAAUUUUGUCCUUUAGAGCUAGAUUCAGAGCCUUCACAGAUCAUCGAGCACAGAUAAACAAAGAUUAGAACAACUAUCGAAACACACAGUGAUCACAUCGAUAGCUGACGAUGGCAAGUAUCUGGGAGAAUUCGUCCCUGUUUUUCUUGACUUUAUGUGUACCCCUUCCUAAUAAAUAUUUCAGAGCAGAGUUAGUUUGCAUUCCGAAUUGACAUAAUGCAAAAGAGGGCCUUAUUCUGAAAGAUAUUUAAACUUUCUUCCGGAUUUCUAAGAUAGCGACACCAGCUCGUUCCAGGAAAAAUGAAUAAGGGGAAGAGUGCAAUCGUAAGACACGAGAACAGGUACCUCCUCCGUAUGAAAUGUGGCUUUGUAAUAAAUGCUGGUAAUUAACAAUUUCUUUGCCUUAGGCCUAUCGUCAACCCUAGCCUUAAACCUAACCUUAAUCCACCGUACAUUUAGGGCACAGUCACCUGUAUGCGAGGGCGCACAUUUCCGUCUCCUACACGUAGAAUUAUUACACAAGAGCAUUAGGGACUAUAGGGGUCAACGAGAGCAUGGGUGCCUGUGUGAGGUGCCCACUGAGUUACAGCGGGCUUCGAAGGAAGCCAGUACGGUAACGGCUUUCAUACUGGAGGAGGAGGAGGAGGAGGAGGAGGAGGAUGAGGAGGAGGAGGAGAAGGAAUAG